GCUUCUUAUUAAUUGUAAAACUCCAAAACAAACCAAAAAAAUUAAAAAAACAAAACAAAACAAAACAAAAUAUGGGAAGAAUUUCGUCGGCGGUAUGUCUAUUGUUACUAGUAGCACUAAGUACGGUCUAUGAAGUGCAAGGGACGUUUUUAUUAAGGCACUUCCUGAGAAAAAUUCCCAGAAGAUCCAGGGGGCUUAGGCCGUUCGCUUGCAAGGGUAUGCUGAAGUUUGUGAACCUGUUGGAGUUUAAGAGCCCAUUGAAGCCUGAGUACAAGAACUUAUUUGGAAAUUUAAGGUCUUACGUAAGCGCAAUAAGUUCGGGGUCGAAUGUUGACUUGAAAGGAAAAGCUGAGGGCGUCCAAAGUGCUCUGUCUGCACUGGGUGGUAGCAGCGGAUCGUCGGUGGACACCAGCAAGGUUAUGGAUGUGUUAAUGACAAUGGGAAAGACUUUGACCUCGCAAACGAGUAGCAGUUCAACGGAAAUGACAAGCGGACAAAGACAAUUGUUGCUCACGUCUCUUGUGCAAUGGGCACGAGUGAUUGGUCAAGUUGUUGUCACUGCCGCAUCGAAGAGUGGAAGCUCCAUUGACAUAAAAUCCCUAGGAAUUGAUGACAAUGUGGCCACCGGAGGUUCAACUUCUACCUCAACUACUGGAAGCUCUAACACCAAAACUGGAAGUUCUACCAGAGGAAACUUCAUGACCGGAAGCACUGGCACGGGCACGGGCACUGUCCCUGUCCCUGGCACUGGCACUGUCCCUGGCACGGGCACUGUCCCUGGCACGGGCACUGUCCCUGUCCCUGGCACUGGCCCUGGAAUUGGAAUGGCUGGUGGGCCUGCUUCUUCAACGGAAGGAGGAAGCUCUUUUGGUAGAUCAUUUUCAGGUAAAACAGGAUCAACUAAUUAUGCAGGUUCUGUCAACUAUCAAUCAGGCCACAAGUCUUCCCAACGAACUACUACCACAGGCAACUCGGGAUCCCCAGGCGGCACGGUAUCCCCAGGCAGCUUCUAGAAGGAUUGAUUCAGCUCCAAGUACUAGAAAGACCGACCUUAGAAUAUAUAUUUGAUAAUUUAUUAAUAAGAAACGGCCUGCUAACAUAUCACAGCAGCGAGCUGUAGAAUGCCUGCUCUACUUACACAUACCUUAAAUAAUACGAAAUUUUUUUUGUUAAACAUUUUUCUAGAAUUGCGCCAUUUAGCUUCACGUUUUUCAAUACAUAUGC